AUGCACAGAUAUUGGAGCACCCCUAUCGAGCGUCUUGAAGACGGCACGCGGCCGCUGCUUUGGCACUGGUUAAUUUCGGUCCGUCAGACAAAGUUUGAUGCUCAAACAAUCAUUGGUAUUUACAACAAGAACCAGGAGCCUGACCAGCUCGGAUUCGCGCCGCCCAGCCUCGCCUCCUGUGACCUUGCAAACGCCACCAAGGUAGCCGCCCUCCCCAGCAAACGCCAUAUCAGAACUUCCGGGAAGAAGCCCGGGAGAACAUUCCCUACCGAGGAGAUGAUGAACUUCAACCACAUCAACACAAGCCGAGAGACCACCACUGAAGAGGGCCUAACGCCUAGGGGCUCAAAAAGACAGAGGCUGAACCACACGAUCUACACAAAUGGCUCAACCCUGGCCGCGCUAUCGCAUGACAAGUAUACAGUUGGCUGGAUAUGCGCACUUCCGAUAGAAAUGUCAGCUGCAGUAGCCAUGUUGGACGAGACACACCAAGGACUACCAAGGGCUGACGAGGACACCAAUACAUAUACGUUGGGACGCGUCGCUGCACACAAUGUCGCCAUUGCGUGUCUUCCAUCAGGCUACUACGGCAACAACAACGCCGCGGCCGUCGCGACCAAUAUGCGGCGAACUUUUCCUUGUAUGCGUCUUUGCCUAAUGGUUGGCAUUGGUGGCGGAGCUCCUGGAAAAGCCGAUAUCCGACUCGGGGAUGUUGUCGUUAGCGAAGGCGUGCUGCAGUAUGACCUAGGAAAGGCACUCAGCGAAGGCCGUUUUACGCGUACAGGCAUCAUGAACAGACCGCCGCAAGAGCUACUGACUGCCGUUGCGAACCUGCGAGCGCGACAUCGCAUUGAGGCUAGCCGGAUUCCCUCGAUUCUUUCUGAGAUGCUUGAACGCCAUCCAACAAUGGAGCAGUUCGUUCACCGCAACUCGCUGCGAGACCGUUUAUUCGACAGCACAUACGAACAUGUCCAAUCGAAGGACGUUCCGACGGACGAUUGCGAGCUGUGUGAUAUUUCUAGAUUGGAGGACAGGUCUCCACGAGAUAAUCCGGAUCCAAAGAUUCACUACGGAACGAUAGCCUCUGCAAAUCAAGUCAUGAAGCAGGUCAAGACUAGAGACGAGCUAUCACACGAGCUAGACGUGCUAUGCUUCGAGAUGGAGGGGUCAGGCGUCAUGGACGGCUUUGCGGGGUUGGUAAUCCGCGGAAUUUGUGAUUACUCUGACUCUCACAAGAAUAAGCAAUGGCAAGAGGUUGCGGCCACAGUAGCGGCAGCCUAUGCAAAAGAGCUUCUUUUAGUUAUACCUGCCGACGUGUGUACAGCAGCACCAGUAGUUGCGAUACCUUCUGUCGAUCUCGAAUUCGAACAGAUUCAUGCUCGCCGUUCAAGUAUCAAACCAAAGUACUCAACCACGUGCCGAUGGCUACUGGCACACCCCGACUAUCUCGACUGGCAAGACCCCAAACAAGCCGUCAAACACCAUGGAUUUCUGUGGAUACGUGGAGGCCCUGGUACUGGCAAGUCGACUAUCAUGAACUUUGCCUAUAGAGAAGCAACGACUCACAAAGAUGUGGUGGUCAUCUCAUUCUUCUUCAACGCGCGGGGCGAAAGUUUGGAGCGAUCUACUCACGGAAUGUAUCGAUCUCUCCUGUCACAGCUACUAAACACUUUACCAAACCUGCUCUCAAUUUUUGACGCGCCAGAGCACAAGAAGUUCCUCGACGACUUUUACACGGCUCUUUUGAGUCACCACAACCCUAUGUGGCAGAUCGUCGUUCUCCAAGAUUUGCUACGAAGCGCAUUGACGAAGCUCGGACAGACCCCAUUGGCAAUCUUCGUCGAUGCUCUUGACGAAUGCUCUUCUGGUCAAGUGGAGGAACUAGUAGAGUACUUUGAAGCUCUUGGAGAAGAAGCAGAGCAAAAUGGCUUGCGACUUAAUAUCUGCUUCUCCAGCCGCUAUUACCCGUACAUCGAUAUUCAGUACGGCCUGAAGAUUAAACUUGAGGCUCAGGACGGCCACGAAGAGGAUAUUGCCAUGUAUAUUCGAAAUAAGUUGAGAAUUGGCGCAAGCAAGACUGCGGAGGAAAUCAAAACAGGAAUGCAAGCCAAGGCAAAAGGCAUCUUCAUGUGGGUUGUUUUGGUUGUCGACAUUUUGAAAGCAGAAUAUCGAGAUGGCCGGAUCUUUGACGUCAAGAAACGGCUUGCCGCCCUACCAGACGAGCUAAGCGACUUGUUCAAGGAAAUUCUGGCAAGAGAUCAGAAGAACAUUAGAGAUUUGAAAAUUUGCAUUCAAUGGAUUCUGUUUGCGAAACGUCCAUUGAAGCUAGAAGAGUACUACUUCGCGGCCGUGUCCGCGCUCAGUCCUGAUGAACUGGGCGAAUGGGACCGAAAUGACAUUACUACAGAGGACAUGAGCAGAUUUGUCAUAAGCUCCUCGAAAGGACUCGCAGAGACGACGAGAUCCAAAGUCAAAACAGUUCAGUUCAUUCAUGAGUCUGUACGAGAAUUCUUUCUCAAAAAUGCCCUGCACGAGUUGUGGCCCAAUCUUGCCGCAGCAGACUUUGAAAGUGUAGGCCAUAGCCAACUACAGCAAUGUUGUUAUGCCUAUUUCAAUUUCUGCGUCGUGUUCAAAUCCGAAACUUGUUUAUCCGCCGCACAGAUGAUACCAGCAGCAUCUUCUGAUGAAGCAAAAGAGCUGCGCAGCGCCGUGUCGAGCAACUUGCCGUUUCUUGAAUAUGCAACACGCAAUCUUUUCUAUCAUGCCGAUAUUGCAGCCAGCGCCAUUUCACAGCAGGAAUUUUUAAGUACUUGUUCCCUCGAAGCCUGGAUUCUUCUCGACAACCUUUUCGAAAUGUUUAAAAUUCGGCGCCACACGCCGACAACAAGUCUUUUGCAUAUUCUGGCAGAAAGAAAUUUCGCAAGACUGAUCAAAGAAGCAUUGCAUCUCGACUCAAGAAUUGAUAUCAAAGGAGGGCGGCAUCGCUAUCCACUGUUUGCUGCUUUGGCAAAUGGCAAUCACGAUGCCGUCAAAGCACUACUACAGACGUCAGCUUACCUCCCGGGAGAUGACGCAUUUACCCGUUUGGAUUAUGGGCCGAAUUUCAGAGUCGAAAAAGAUCAAACGCCGCUUCACUGGGCUUCUGCGAGAGGUGAUGACGUCAUUGUCAAAUUACUUCUUGAGAAGGGCAGCCAUAUUAGGGCGGAGGACAAGCGUGGUCGGACACCGCUAUCACAUGCAGUCAAGAACGGUCAUUACGGUACUGUGCGGCUCCUACUUCAGAAUGGCUGUGAUUUUCGAAAUCACAAUAAUGACUGGAAAUCACCGCUAUUAUAUGCUGCUAUGAAUGGAAAUGACGCUAUUAUGCGGUUGCUACUGGAAAACGGUGCGAAUAUUGAAGCUCAAGAUUGUAACAUGGAAAGUCCAUUGAGAGCUGCUGCCUCAUUUGGAGAAGAGAAAGCUGUACGGCUGCUGCUUGAGGCAGGUGCAGAUAUCGAAGCGAAGGACAAUGCUGGUAGGACAGCACUAACAUGUGCUACUGAAAGAAAGCGUGAGGCUAUCGUUCAGCUAUUACUAGAGAAAGGUGCGAAUGUCGAAAGCCCAGCGUCCGGGGUGCACAACCCGUUAAUAGUUGCCGCCAUUUAUGCAUACGAGAACGUUUUACGGCUGCUACUCAAGGCAGGUGCAAAUACCGAAGCGAAGGAUAAUAGUGGUAUGACCUCACUAAUACGUGCUGCUAUAAAUGGACAUGAGGCUAUCGUCUGUCUGCUACUCACAGAGAGUGCAGAUAUCGAAGCGAAAGAUGAAAAAGGUAUGACAUCACUUAUACAUGCUACAAUGAUGGGGCGUAAGGCUAUCGUCCGACUGCUACUCAGGGAGGGUGCAGAUAUCGAAGCAAAGAAUAACAGGGGUAUGACAUCACUUAUAUAUGCUGCCGGGUGUGGGAAUGAGGCCAUCGUUCGGCUGCUACUCGAGAAAGGUGCCAAUGUUGAAGCCGUAGGGCCUGAGGGAAACAGCCCGUUAACAUUUGCCGCUUCCCUUGGAAGAGAAAACGUCGUACGGCUACUACUCGAGGCAGGUGCAGAUAUCAACAAGAAGGAUUCAAGGGGUUGGCCAGCACUAACUCAUGCUGUCGAGAGUGAACAUAAGGCUAUCGUCCGCCUGCUACUUAUGAAGGGUGCAAAUAUAGAAGCAAAGGAUCACAUCGGAAGCACGCCGUUGGGGCAUGCUAUUCAGAAUGGGCUGGAGGAUAUCGUCCUGCUGCUACUCAUGUAG